AGCCACUUUGGUCAAACCAUACUGGCUCGAGGUGCCGCCGCGGCCGCCUGGUACGGCCGGCGGCAGUUUUAAGCGCGGCCGGCGCCUGCGCAGGAAGAGCCAUGGCAGCGAGAAGUAAGCUGGGCAGUCUUCGAGCCACGCUCGCCGAGGAGCAGUCGCGGCUGAGCCGGGUCCUCGACCAGAUCGACGAGGCCCUCGACUGCCUCGAGCCCGAAGCGCAGAGGGAGGGCGCCGGCCCCGAGAAGGCGGCCAGCUCGCCCGCCCUGCACGAGAGCUACCACCUGGCGUCCAAGCACGCGAUCUGCGUCGACGAGGCCCUGGACUGCCUCGAGCCCGACGGCCAGAAGGAGGGCGCUGGCGUCGAGAGGACGGCCAGCUCGCCAGGCCUGCACGAGGGUCAGCACCCGACGGUCCGCGAGGCCGCGCUCGCUGGCCGCCGCGUCGUGCCGCAGGGGUCGGGCUCGCACGUGCCGGUCUCGGCGUGGGGCUCGACCGCGCGGGGCAGGUCGCCCCGGGCGAGCCCCCGGGCCAGCCUGGAGCAGCUCGCCUGCGAGGGGCCCCCGCCGACGGCGCAGCCGCUGCGGCCGCGGCCGCCCGGGACGACGGCGCCCAAGUCCGCGCUGCGGCGGGCCGCGUCCGACCUCGCCGGGCUCGCCCCGGGCGCCGCGUGGGGCUCCAGGAGGAAGCAGUCGACGCGGCGCACUGAGCGGCAGGUCUUCGCGAACGCGGACCAGAUGAAGCUGCAGGUCCAGAAGAUGAUUCUGGAGCCCGACUACGACGUGAGGAACUACUACAAGGAGGAGGGGUGCUCGCAGGCCAUUGCGCGGAGCUGGCUCUUCGACAGCGCCUCCCUCGUCGUGAUCCUCGCAAACGCGGUGUGGCUCGCAGUGGAGACGGACUACAACGACGAGACUCUGCUGGUGAACGCCGACGCGCCCUUCAUCGUCGUCGAGAACUUCUUCUGCACCUUCUUCUUCGUGGAGCUGCUCGUCAGGUUCCUGGCGUUCAGGGCAAAGGCGGACGUCGUGAAGGACUCCUGGUUCAUCUUCGACUCCAUCAUCGUCGCCUGCAUGGUCUUCGAGACCUGCUCUAGCUCCACGUCGGUCCUCCGCGUGGUGCGGCUCUUCCGCAUGACGCGCGCCGCGCGCGUCGCUCGCCUGCUCAAGGCGGUGCCGGAGCUGAUGGUGAUCGGAUCGCGCCAGACAGUGCUUGGCCUUCCGACCGCGCCUCGGCGUGGUGCCGUGGGGGCGCCAUGGCGGGUAUACAUGUUCGCGAUCGUCUUCACCCAGCUUGCCAAGGGGACCGACCUGGAGAGGAGCAUCUGCUCCGACAUGCUGACCACCAUGAGCACGCUGCUGCUCGGCGGCAUCCUCCCGGACUUCAAGCCGACCACCGAGGACAUGGCGGCGGAGGACAUCUUCUUCGCCGCGUUCUUCUUUAUUUUUGUGCUGCUAGCCUACGUCGUCUCGGUGGUCGCGUCGGUCGAGAAGGAGACGAACCAGGUGGCCGCAGUGAAGCGCGUGCUAGAGAAGUGGGCGCCCGAGGCAGAUACGAACGGGGACUGCAUAUUCGACGUGAACGAGUUCAAGACUAUGCUCAACAAAGACGGCUGCGCCAAGGAACUGAAAGAGGUUGGGGUGGAUCCCAUCGCGCUCAUCGACCACGCGGACUGGAUUUAUCGCAACAAGGAUGCCCUCACUUUCUCUGAGCUGCUCUCCGUGGUGCUCGGGUUGCGUGGCAGAAACGACGCCAAGGUGCAAGACCUUGUUCAGAUGCGCAAAUUCCUUCACACAGAGAUGCAGCGCAUAGAAGGUUCCCUGGAGAACCUGCACAGGAACCUUAACCAGAACUUCGUGACCCCCCUUGUGGGCUGA